CGCACCGCAGCAGCCCACCCAGCGCGUUCGUAUCGCCUGUACGCUACGCUAUCGCGGCGGGCCGCCGCCGCGGAAGGGGGCGGAGGCCGGAGGAGGGGAGGGGGACGGCAGCGAAAGGAGAGGGUGACCGAAAAGCACCGCUCCCUCCAAGGCUCGGUACGGAGCCCAAGGCAGGGCAGCCCUUCCCAAUUCCCAUGCUCGGCCUCCCUCGUACACCCUACUACACACGCGCAAAAAAGACGCUCGGGCAGUUCAGGCACGCCCGCCAGCGUUUCGAGUCCUGUCCGUCCGUCCGCCCGCCCGUCCGUCCCGCAAAGCUUAACCAGCCUCCUCCGUACUGUACUGUACUCACGGCACGCACGCCCACGGCAUCGCCACCCCCGAGGGCGGGUCGCUGGCGGUGGGUACCUUGCGGGUUGCGGGUUGCGGGCUCGCGGUACGUCCGGCAGCAAAAUUGGCGGCGGCGCCGACCUCGUAUCGCGAUAGCCUUAGCAUGGCUUGAUAAGGGCGGCACGGGGUUCUGCGCCGCAAUCAUGCUGCUGUCGCCUUGUGGGCUUUUUUCCUUGGUCCGCCGCGCUGCCCGAGCACUAGGUGCCUGUCCGCCCGCCCGCUCGCUCGCUCCGCGUCCCGGCUGGGUCCGGGCGGGAGAGGGGGCCGUGGCUCGCGCUUGCUUGCUCCCAUUGCUUGCUUGGGCGUGCGUGCGUGCGAGGUUGCUGCCGCCUCUAUUUCAAACGCAAGCUGUGUUGGGGCUUCUGUGGGGGCGGGCUGGGCGUGUGUGUACUGUACCUACGUAGUGCGGAGAGCUGAGGUGGGGCAGGAUGGAAAGCUUUAAAAGCGUGGUAAUUAUAAUGCCGUGGAACGGGGUUGUUGUUGGUGG